UAAUUGGUUGGUAAUAGUGAUUUCGUAACGUGAAAAGUUAGGAGUUCUAUUCUCUUUCUUUCUAAUUGUUUGCAAUUAGGUAAUCUUUUUGGUUUCUCAUUGUUCCAUGUCAAGUGCAUGGGAUGAACAGUGACAUUGUUAUUUCCCAGUUGGAGAAAGAUAUACCUCAAGGAUAUUGUUGAUUUUCGGUUUUAUGAUGGGUUUUAACCGUUUCCUCGCAUAUUAAUGUCGUUUUCCUUUUUACUUGUAUGAAUAGACGAUUUUCUUGUUUAAUGUUCCCGACAUUUUGUCAAGUUGAUAUUAGUAUUAAGAUCUAUUAUUCCUCUUGGACUUCCUCAUGCUUCCAAUGGGUAACUUGCAAUUUUAUGUUUCCUUUGGCCUUAGGAGUUGCACUCGAUCCGUCAAAAUGUAGUAAAUUGAGCAUGGAUGAAAAGAGAGAGCUCAUAUAUGAGUUAUCGAAGAGGACAGGUAGAGCCUCUGAAAUGCUACAAUCGUGGAGCCGUCAGGAGAUUUUACUGGUCCUAUGUGCUGAGAUGGGGAAGGAAAGGAAAUAUACUGGUUUGACUAAGCUGAAAAUUAUCGAAAACCUUUUGAAAAUUGUAGCUGAAAAGAAUUCAGGGUUUCAAGGUGUAACGGAUCCCAAAUCGCAUUCGUACCCAACAGGUGGUCAGAGAACAGCCAAAAGGCAGAGGAAAGCUGAUUAUCCUUCCCGACUGCCCAUUCCUGUGAAUAAUCCCGGCAUUGGUAAUGGUGGAAAUGACAUGAUCAAUGCUGUUUAUUGCAAAAACUUGGCUUGCAAAGCUACCUUGAGACAAGAUGAUGCAUUUUGCAAAAGGUGUUCCUGCUGCAUCUGUUACAAGUUCGAUGACAACAAGGACCCUAGUCUAUGGUUAAUUUGCAGCUCGGAAGCUCCUUUCCCAGGAAAUUCUUGUGGCAUGUCAUGUCAUCUCGAGUGCUCAUUAAAACACAAAAAGUCUGGCAUUGGAAAAAAUAAACGGCAUGCUGUUCUUGAUGGGAGCUAUUAUUGUGUAGCAUGUGGGAAAGUAAAUGAUUUGCUCAGGUGUUGGAGAAAACAAAUGAUGGCUGCAAAAGAUACGAGGAGGGUGGACAUUCUUUGUUAUCGUGUCUCUUUAGGUCAAAAACUUCUAAAUGGCACUGAAAAUUACCGUAAGCUUUCAGAGAUUGUUGAUGAAGCCAUUAAGAAGCUUGAAGCUGAGGUUGGUCCGUUAACUGGUGUGCCCGUGAAGAUAGGUAGGGGUAUCGUCAACAGGCUUUCUUCGGGACCCGAAGUUCAGAAACUCUGUUCUUCUGCAGUGGAAUUUCUGGACAAAAUGCUUUUCAAUACUAUCUCACAUUCUUCACCAAAUCAUUCAGUACCAGCAAGUUCAUGUUCGAUUUCUCCUGCAACUGUACGCUUUGAAGAAGUAAGUCCAACUUCUGUUACUGUGAUUGUGGAUUCUGAAGACCCUUUACGGAGCUGUAUUAUCGGUUACAGCUUAUGGCAUCGAAAGGCGUGUGACCAGGAUUACCCUGUUGAAUCAACUUGCACCAUGUUUGUUCCGAACACAAGGUUUGUUGUCAUGGGGUUGACUCCAGCUACGGAAUAUCUUGUCAAAAUUGUGUUGUUUAAUGGUACAAGAGAGUUCGGCCCAUGGGAAGUUCCGCUUUCGACAAGCUGUAGUGGGAAUGAAGUCCCAAGCUUCCCGAUGGUGGAAAGAAGUCAAAGCCCAGCAACCAAUUGUAGCAGCCUUUCGAAUCCUUCUUCGGUGGAUGAUGAAACUAAUAACAUCACUCCAUACAGCGAUCAAAAUGAUGACCGGGCAGAAACUAUCAACUGCACUGUCCUUGGUGAAGAUAGAAUUCCAGCAGAAGCAGGUCCGAUGUUGAGUGAGGAACGCACGAUGGAGAUAGUUGGUCCUAUGCUUGAUGUUGAUCCACUAAACGUUGAGAAAAAGCACACAUCGGGGGACCGGAUUACUGAGGAGACGAGCACCGAUAAUGAAUCUGAUGCCCUGGUUGAGACUGGUACCAAGCUUUUGCCGUUUGUAGGUUGCUCAGAAGCUGGAUUGCCCAUUACUCCCUGCAGAAUGGAAAUAAUUAAAACUGGACAAGGAAGAAGUGGGAGAUCAAAAUCCAGCAAGAAGGAUGUCGAGAAUGUGACCGGGAAAGGAGACGGUCUUCAAGAUGGAAGCACCUCGAAGAAGAAAACCGGAGAAAGGCAAGAUGAAGAAUGUAUGGAAAACGGCCUCGCAGACACGGAUUUCGAGCAUUACGUGAAGGUGAUCAGAUGGUUAGAAUGUAAGGGACAUAUCGAGAAGAACUUCAGGCAGAAAUUCCUUACCUGGUACAGCUUGAGAGCAACCCCGCAGGAGGUGAGGAUCGUGAAGGUCUUUGUCGAUACCUUCAUCACAGAUCCAGCAUCUCUUGCGGAGCAGCUUGUUGACACAUUCUCGGAUUGUAUCUCGAGCAAGGGAUCGUCUGUCGUAGCAGCAGGCUUUUGCAUGAAGCUUUGGCAUUGACAUGAAUUCGGAUCUUUUCCGAGUGCAACCCAGAUUAAGGAUAACUUCAACAAUAAUUCUUUAGACCCAUAGCGUUCUUCAUUUAGACUGUCACAAUG